AAAUGUUCUGAACUAAUAACUGACAGAUUAAUUCCAUCCGCAUUCAAGCAACGAUCAACAGUUGAUGCUCAAAAAGAUGACAUCCAAGCCGAUGUGUUUUGUCAACAGUAGAUCACGUGACAUCACAUACAUGCGAACACGCACCAAAGGCGGCCACUUCCACUUUAACUGCUAAGCUAACACGGUCGCCGUUGGCGUAAUUAGGGCAGCGAAUGCUGCAUGUCAAACAUAAACAAACAUUUAGUCCACGGAGAGACGAGCAAGUGCACAACAAAAACAAACAAGUAUGGCAACGUUAGUUAUAGCGAUGCCAACCAACAUGGUCAGAAUGCUACGUGGCCUUUUGUGGACAAUGUGCGCCCUUCAGUGACAGAAUUUGAAAGGAGUUGACAGUCAGUUUUGCUCAAAGCCACAAGCUGCCGUCGCCGUUGUUUACCUUUCUCACACCUUUGUAGAUAUAAAAGUAGAGCUCCCGGCCCACAUUGAAGCAGAUCCUAUCGCCGUUGCCCGACUGGUCGUUCACAUUGACGAAGGAGACCUUGACGGGGUUAGAACCCUGUGAGUUGAAAGGCACCCGGUUGGGGCGGCUGUACUCGGAGUGCGUGAGGAGUUUGUAAACGCCUUCCCGUGUGGUGAACUGAGUUUUAAUGUCGUUGGUCUCCUUCCCUCCUCCCUCCGCCGCCAUCUUGGAAGUCGCCGUUCAUCCUUGUCCGAGGACCCGGAUGUGACGGAGUACGCAAGUGCAACUCUAGAGCGGUGGGUGCAGCGAACAUGCGCAAUGAGAGGCACAAGUCACGUGAGGCAACGAAAGUAAUAAAGCAGUGAAGUUUGUGCUAGUGACGAAGGCUGUGAUCGAGAUUUUAUUCGAUUUUUUUUUUUUAAAUCAAAAAGUCGCCAACCAGAAGCAAUGAUAAAUAAUACACACAAAAAAAAUCUACACGUGGACUAGUAAGACCGAGUUAGAAAAUUUUCAUUUAAUGUAUUUGUCGUCUUUUUUAUAUAAGUGUCAGAUUAAAGAAGAGGUCGCGGGGGUGCUGGAGCCUAUCCCAGCUGUCUUCAAGCGAGAGGUGGGGUACACUUAGCAUGUUUUUGGAAUGUGGGAGGAAACCGGAGUACCCGGAGAAAACCCACGCAUGCACAGGGAGAACAUGCAAACUCCACACAGAGAUGGCCGAGGGUGGAAUCAAACUCUGUCUCUUAGCUGUAUGGCCUGCGCGCUAACCACUUGCACGCCAUGCAGCUGUUACUAUGUUUAAUGGUCUUUCGAAAUAACGCGUGAAUGUUGCAUAUAGCCAGGCUUUUGCGGGCCACAUAAAAUAACAUGGAGGGCCACAUGUGGGCCCUGGGCCUUGUGUUUGAAGAGUUCAGUAGAAAGUUCUAGAUUAGGCUCAGUGCAAAAAAUGGUCUUUUCACACGAUCAAUGACUACUCACCAAAAUAUAUAAUAUAUAUAAUAACUUGAGCUUGAUUGGCUUUAAAUAUAUGAUACGUCAGUGUAUGUGUUUAUGCAAUGGUCACGGCACCACAGCUGAUAGCAAAGUCAAUGCCCAGCUGUGACGCUUUGCAGGAUGGGUGUCGGGGGGACAAGGGGGGGGGGGGUCCCGGAGCCUUAAUAGCCAGCCAGCCAGCCGAGCUAUCAGGAAGCUUCUUGUGUCUGAGUGACAGGCACCACUUGCGACUUUGGCUGCCCUAUAAGGGCACAUCAGCAUUGGGGCUCUGGUGUUUCACUUGCCACCUCCGUGGAGCCCCCCCUCGCCGUAGCCAACGUAUCUUCUGGAACCUUCUGAAUGGGAGCUUCCAGAACAACCCCCCACCCUUAAGUAUAAAAAGCCACUGGCGUGUCACAGACGUCCGCAUACUCGCUACUUGCUUGAGUACACCAAACGGGAGGCCAGCCGGGCGAGUCUUGGAGCUCUUCACCAAAUCCAAACACUUGAAGCCCAUCUUGAAGAAAACAGAUCAACAUCGAGAUGCCCGAAAACGCCGGCCACGCUAUGGAAGAAGAAAUGGAGACCUUUGCCUUCCAGGCUGAGAUAGCUCAGCUGAUGUCCCUCAUCAUCAACACCUUCUAUUCCAACAAAGAGAUCUUCCUCAGGGAGCUCAUCUCCAACUCCUCUGACGCUUUGGACAAAAUCCGAUACGAGAGCUUGACCGAUCCGAGCAGACUGGACUCCUGCAAGGAGCUGAAGAUCGAAAUCAGGCCCGACCUCCACGCCCGCACUCUCACCCUUGUCGACACCGGAAUCGGCAUGACCAAAGCAGACCUUAUCAACAACUUAGGCACCAUCGCCAAGUCAGGCACCAAGGCCUUCAUGGAGGCUCUGCAGGCCGGAGCUGACAUCUCCAUGAUCGGUCAGUUCGGUGUGGGUUUCUACUCGGCCUACCUGGUGGCUGAGAAGGUGACGGUGAUCACCAAGCACAAUGAUGACGAGCAGUACGUGUGGGAGUCCGCGGCCGGGGGAUCCUUCACAGUCAAACCCGACACCGGGGAGUCCAUUGGCAGGGGUACCAAAGUCAUCCUCCAUCUCAAAGAAGACCAGACAGAGUACUGCGAAGAGAAGCGUGUCAAGGAAGUUGUGAAGAAGCACUCCCAGUUCAUCGGCUAUCCCAUCACACUUUACGUGGAGAAGACCAGAGAGAAGGAAGUGGAUCUCGAGGGACCAGGGGAGAAGGACGAGGAGGCAGAGAAAGACGCCGCAGAAGACAAGGACAAACCCCAGAUUGAGGACGUGGGCUCAGACGAGGAUGAGGACACCAAAGAAGGCAAGAACAAGAGAAAGAAGAAGGUCAAGGAAAAGUACAUCGACGCUCAGGAGCUCAACAAGACCAAGCCCAUCUGGACCCGGAACCCAGACGACAUCACCAACGAAGAGUACGGCGAGUUCUACAAGAGUCUGACCAACGACUGGGAGGACCACCUGGCUGUCAAGCAUUUCUCCGUGGAGGGCCAGCUGGAGUUCCGAGCGCUUCUGUUUGUGCCCAGAAGGGCCGCCUUUGACCUCUUUGAGAACAAGAAGAAGAGGAACAACAUCAAGCUGUACGUGCGCAGGGUCUUCAUCAUGGACAACUGCGAGGAGUUGAUUCCAGAGUACCUCAAUUUCAUCAAGGGCGUGGUGGACUCUGAGGAUCUGCCCCUCAACAUCUCCAGAGAGAUGCUGCAGCAGAGCAAGAUCCUCAAGGUAAUCCGCAAGAACUUGGUCAAGAAGUGCUUGGAGCUCUUCACAGAGCUUUCAGAGGACAAGGACAACUACAAGAAAUGCUAUGAGCAGUUCUCCAAGAACAUCAAGCUCGGCAUCCAUGAGGAUUCCCAAAACAGGAAGAAACUAUCAGAAUUGCUGAGAUACUACACCUCAUCCUCCGGAGAUGAGAUGGUGUCCCUGAAGGACUACGUUUCACGCAUGAAGGACAACCAGAAACACAUCUACUACAUCACAGGGGAGACCAAGGACCAGGUGGCCAACUCUGCCUUCGUGGAGCGCCUCCGCAAGGCCGGCCUGGAGGUCAUUUACAUGAUUGAGCCCAUCGACGAGUACUGCGUACAGCAGCUGAAAGAGUACGACGGUAAGAACCUGGUGUCUGUCACCAAGGAAGGCCUGGAGCUGCCUGAAGAUGAGGACGAGAAAAAGAAGCAGGAGGAACUCAAAACCAAGUUUGAAAACCUUUGCAAGAUCAUGAAGGACAUCCUCGACAAGAAGAUUGAAAAGGUCACCGUCUCCAACCGCCUGGUCUCCUCGCCAUGCUGCAUCGUCACCAGCACCUACGGCUGGACAGCCAACAUGGAGAGGAUCAUGAAGUCCCAAGCCUUGAGGGAUAACUCCACUAUGGGCUACAUGACGGCCAAGAAGCACCUGGAGAUCAACCCCGCGCAUCCCAUCGUGGAGACAUUGAGGGUGAAGGCAGAGGCGGACAAGAACGACAAAGCGGUGAAGGACCUGGUCAUCCUUUUGUUUGAGACGGCACUGCUGUCUUCAGGGUUCACACUGGAGGACCCGCAGACGCACGCUAACCGCAUCUACAGAAUGAUCAAGCUGGGCCUUGGCAUCGAUGAAGACGACUCCGCAGUCGAGGACCUCGCUCAACCCGCUGAAGAAGACAUGCCAGUUCUGGAGGGAGAUGAUGACGCGUCAAGAAUGGAAGAAGUUGACUAAACCUGCUUUCGUGACACAUUUUUUGUAAUUUAUUUAGCCCCCCCAGCAAAAAAGACAUAAGACGACAUAAGAUUUUAAGUUUUAAGUUAUCCAUCUCAGCUGCUUUUGUAAAACUAGACUCAGAGAUACAAAUAUGGUAUUUUUGACACAUUUGUAUUUUGUUAGUUCAGUAAAUUUAAAUAUUUUUUUUUUAAUUUUAGCAAACAAAAUAGAAUAAUUGCACAAAUUCAAGAACUCCACUUUGAUAUGAUUCACCUUUUUGUUUAUCCAAUGUAUGCCAACAUAUGCUGCUUAGCCAGGGUGUGGCGAAAUGAAAUUGAACUUUCUGGAGCACAUAAUGUUUUGUGCUCAUGGUAGCCUGGUGUUCACUGGAAGUACAGUGUGGUCUCUUUUUUUUUGUAACAUUUUUUUUUAAUGAAAGCAUUGACAUUUGUAAUAAAACAA